GCCUUAGACCUUUGCUUCUGGGUUCCCUGGAGAACCCCCAGCAGUUUCGAUAUCAUUUUCUCGAUACCACCUAGUCUACAACAGCUGCGGUGUGCAAGAUGGCACUCCCGAAAAGAAUCAUCAAGGAGACCGAGCGUCUGAUGGCUGAGCCAGUGCAGGGUAUUAGUGCCGUUCCUCAUGAGGACAACCUUCGCUACUUCGACGUUGUCAUCCACGGUCCCUCCCAGUCUCCAUACGAAGGUGGCAUCUUUAAGCUCGAGCUUUUCCUGCCGGACGAUUAUCCCAUGACUCCACCGAAGAUCCGCUUCCUCACCAAGAUCUACCACCCAAAUAUUGACAGGCUGGGCCGUAUCUGCUUGGACGUGUUGAAGAGCAACUGGUCUCCUGCCCUCCAGAUCCGGACCAUCCUUUUGUCCAUUCAAGCUCUCUUGGGGGCCCCGAACCCAGACGACCCGCUUGCGAACGACGUCGCCCAACACUGGAAAGAGGACGAGAAGGCAGCUAUUGAAACGGCUCGCCAGUGGACCAAGGAAUACGCGAAGCCGUAGGGCUGAGCGCCCAGGCCCACAACAGCUGGGUUAUGUUGAGAUAUGUCUCGCAUUCCUGAUAUGCCACAACCUUAUUUCGGAUACGGCGUUAUGACGACAUGGAAA